CCGAGCCCAUGCCCCCCGCAUGUUGCCCAGCUCAAACUUUUCCCCAUCCGAUUGAAACCCUCGCCUCCACCCACCCCCAACCAUGCCGCCGCCGCCGCCAACGACGACGAGGCCGGCACCGGCGCUGCCGGACGAGCUUCUCGAGGAGAUCUUCCUCCGCCUGCCCCCGGACGAGCCGGAGCACCUCGUGCGCGCCUCCCUCGCCUGCAAGCUCUGGCUCGGCCUCCUCUCCGGCGCUCGCUUCCGCGGCCUCUACCGCGAGUUCCAUGGAGCUCCCCCCAUGCUGGGAUUCCUUUACAACUGAUUCUUUUGCAGCGGCCCGAAGGAGGAUGACCCCGUGGCAAACUUCGUCUCCACCACCAAAUUCGGUGCGCUCGUUCCCGACGGCGAUGGCUGGGACCGUCAGUACACUCCGUGGGACUGCCGCCAUGGCCGAGUCCUCCUCGGGGACUACACUGGGCUCAUCGUUUGGGACCCCAUGACAGGCCGCCAGAUGAAGCUGGAAGCGCCCGUCGGCUAUGUUGGCGCUGCGGUGCUCUGCGCUGUGAGGGGAUGUGACCACCGUGCGUGUCAUGAGGGCCCCUUCCGGGUUGUCCUCAUCGGCCUGGACAUGAAUGAGGAUGAUGGUGAUUGUGUUGCACACGCGUGCGUGUCCUCGCCGGUGACGCCCGAGUGGAGCAAGGAGUGCUCUGAUUCUCAUUUUGAUGGGAGGAGCAGGGCGUGCUCUGAUUCUCGUUUUGAUGGCUGGAGCAAGCAGUGCUCUGGUCUUUAUCUUCUCGCAGGCGAUCCAAAAAUCGAUGCACUGCCUCCUGUCCUCGUUGAUGACGCACUUCACUUCAGGCUUACAGAUGACGAUGAGCGUGUAGGAAUUCUCAAGUACGACUUGAGCUCUAAUUGCUUAUCAAUGAUUGAUGUGCCGCUUACGAGGUUGGCCAUUGUCUGGCCCGCUAUCCUCAUGGCAUUGGAGGAUGGCAGCUUGGGGUUAGCACACUUGGACGGGUUAACCCUCUAUCUAUGGUCAAGACUGAUAGAUUCCAACGGAGUUGCGUCAUGGACUCAGCAUAAAGUCAUCGAUCUAAAUGAAGUUCUCCCCAUUCAAAAUCCCAAGAAAAGAAUUAGUGUUAUUGGAUCUGUCGAGGGCCAUGAUAUCAUUUUCGUGAACAUAGAUCUUGGCAUCUACGAGAUUAAUUUGAAGACAUUACGGUGGAAGAAGCUAUGGAAGAGAGAAAAAUUCCGUUCUUUGAUUCCAUACAUGAGCUUCUACAAUCGACAAGAAAGGGUGAGGCCCUGCAAGACAUUGACAACGUAUGGUUGAGUAUGCUUAAGGGCAGCAGGCAACAUGAGAAAUGACUAUUUGAAGACGGCAUGGGUCUUGCAAUCAGUGUCAGUAUACGGUAGCUGUUUUAAUGCAGUGGUGCUUGUUUUUUCAUAAUGUUGUUGGAUUUUGUCAGCAAGCUUGAGAUUUUCCCCGCGUUAAUGGUGUGUAAGCAGGCUAAUGAAUUAUCUCGUAAUGAACCUCCAAUUUCUUGCAGCAUCAGUUAUGUGCUUAGUUUUUGAAUUGGCUUGAAAAUGUACUGUGGGCACUAGUUUUGUCUUGCCAUUGUAGAAACUCUACAGUUUGCUCUCAUAGCUUUGAGACAAAACAGAGAACAUUGAUGAUGGCA